AUGAAUAUCAUUUUUUAUUUAGGAACAGUAGAUGACUUAAUUAGCUUUCUUCAAAUUAGUAAGAAUUGUUAUGAAUCGUUCCAAAUGAUGCACACCAACCCUAAUUAUUCAUUCAAAACACAAAAAAAAGAAUUACAAAUAUUCAAGGAUUGUUCAUCUUUAGAAACUGUCACUGGAUCAUUUGAAUAUAUUAAAGAUUUUCAAUGUAAUUUAAAUGCUACUUUGUUUUUGCCUGUACAACAUGGGGUAUCACGAGGAGAAAUGAAUGAAGUUAUAGAAGAAUUAGUGAGUUGUGCAAAAAGAAUAAUUAAACUCAAAUUAGUAACAAGUAGAAGUGAUUUUGAAAUUCACUGGAAAACAUUUAUUAAUUUAAAAGAUAUAACUUUUGAUUUAUCUGGAGAGAGUUGGGUUCAUUUUUAUGAUGGUUAUCUUACUCUUAAUCAAAUAUUCUUUGAUAAAUGGAGAUUUUAUGAACUUAAAGAUCUUUCAGAACUUAAGAGAGUGUGUGUACAAUCAAUAAGUUUUAGUUGUAAACCUCCUAAUGUAGAAUCGUUAUUAGCUUCUAAGUGGUUUGUUGAAGUAGCAAAUUGGAAAAGAAAGUUAUACGUGUAUGGCAAUCAAAUUCAAAAAAGUUCUCCAAAUGAAAAUAUUGUCCUUAUUACAAAUUCACUUACCAGAGAACCAAAAACAUUAGUCUCUUAUUUAUCUUUUUGUCAAAUAGAUGGAAAUCAUUUAGACUUAUUUAUUAGAGAUUGGAAAAAAUACUAUCCAACAAAAGUAAUGCUUUAUUCUUGUAAAACAACAACUGACAUAUCAAUGGUUGAUUCUUUAGAAGAAGUAGAAUUAGGAACAUCAGGUAAUGGACAUAAAUUCAUUCUUCCAAAGAAUAUUAAAAAAGUGAAAGUUGGUGGUGGUGUUAAUACAAUUGAUAUCUCACUUUGUCAUGACAUUAAAUUUGAAGUCCAGUACCUUAAUUUUUGGAUUGAGCCAUCAAAAAAAGAAAUUACAUCCUUGGUUGUGGAUUGUACUUACCUACAUGAAGACUCACUAAUGAGAAUAACUGAAUUUGAAAAUGUUAAAAAAAUCAUACUAAAUGAGUAUGACGAUAAAAUUAUACUUCCUCCUUUGCCUGAGUCAAUUACCAUUGUCAAAAACUAUCUGACUACUAAACAACAACCUUAUGUAUUUUAUACUCAUAUUAAUAAAAAAGCUCCUCGUGAAUUUGAUGAAGAGGAUUUCUCUCAUCAGAGAGGAUGUAUCAUUAAUUGA